AUGAAUUUCCUGACCUCACUUUUCACUGCCGGAAAAUCAUACCGGUCCAUCAAUGUGGUACGGUCAGCCAUCUCAGUGGGCCAUACUCCGACACAGGGGACACCUGUUGGUAAGGACCCGCUCAUCUGCAGACUUCUCCGUGGCAUGCGUCUGCGGCGCCCCCCGGAACCCAAAUACUCUAGACUUUGGGACAUUGGCGUGGUCCUACAAUUCUUACGAAAUUGGCCUCCCAACGAGGAACUCUCACUCUGCCAGCUUACCGCAAAAUUCACCUUCCUGCUCUGUCUGGUUUCUUUUCGAUGGGUAUCGGACGUACGCGCCUUUGACGCCGACACGUUUACCUUCUGUCCGUCCGGUGUUACCUUUCAGGUCUCACGUCGCACCAAGUCCAACUCUCACUCGGUCUUCUACCCUUUCUUCCCUUCUGACCCUCCACUCUGCGUGGUCUCUACUGUCCGUCAAUACGUGGAAGCCACCGCGACGUUGCGGCAGUCUUCCACUCAUCAACUUCUCAUCUCUUACGUCCGCCCUUACGGUCCAGUUUCGGUUACUACACUGGCCAGAUGGGACAAGACAGGGCAAUCCUUAAGAAUUAAGGCAGCCCCACAGAAAUCUUGUAAGGGAGUUGAAGAUGACAGUGCCAUGAGUCAAGAGAAGAAAGGGAAGGUCACUGGCAAAGCAGAGAAUUCAUUUAUGUUUGCACAAAAAUGUCUUUUUGAUGGACAUUGCGCUGAUGUCAUCCAGUCUUUGAAGAACAGCAAUACCCGUGUGGUAGGAGGAACUGAUGCUUCCAGAAAUUCAUGGCCCUGGCAGGUAUCAAGCCAGUUUUACAUAAAUGGUGAAUGGCUUCACUCCUGCAGAGGUACCUUGAUCCGACAAAACCGUGUGUUGACCGCUGCUCACUGUGUAGACAGGGAUAUAAACCACCGUGUGGUUCUCGGAGAACAUGACUUCACUGUGUAUGAAGGCACUGAGCAGAUGAUCUCUGUGUUCAAGGUUGUGCUACAUGAUAAGUGGAACCCUGAUGAUACAUUAGCCGGAUAUGAUAUCGCAAUCCUUCACCUAGCCUCCAACGCCAUCCUGGACAGCACUGUACAACUGGCAAAGCUGCCCAGUGAAGGAGCCGUCAUUAACACUAACGAAUGCAUUGUAACUGGAUGGGGCAGAUUGAGCACUGGUGGGCCAAUAGCCACCAUCCUCCAGGAGGCCCCUCUGCUUGUGGUAGAUUACCCAACCUGCAACAGUAGCUCCUCCUGGAAUAAUGUUAUCAAGCCCUCGAUGUUGUGUGCUGGUGGUGAUGGAAUUCGUUCUGCAUGCAGUUCAGAUUCUGGUGGACCCCUCAACUGUGAUGUCAACGGAGUUUACGAAGUUCAUGGAGUAACUAGCUUUGGACCCUUUGCAAGUUGCAACACCUAUCUCAAACCAAGUGUCUUCACCAGAGUUUCCUCUUAUGUCUCCUGGAUCAAUGCUAAUCUCUAAAUCAGUUGAAUCUGAACUUCUGUCAAG